GACCGCUUCCCGCUUCCCCAUCGUGCUUAGAUCCAUUUUCGCUCCAAUCAUGGCAGCUCAGGUCUUCCCUGCGGCCGCUGAGUUACCGUAAAUGCUGUCGCAACAGGGCGACCCUCAAUACGAUGUCGUGCUGGAUCUGGGUAGUGACAUUUCUUGUACCUCAGUAUAGCUCCGAACGUCAAGCUAUGGACCCUGCAAAGUCGCGGCGAUGUUGAUGGGCCGACCAUACUUCGAGAACACCGAACCGAGAAUGCCCCAACAUUCCGCGGAGCCCAUCUGGCUAGGGCACACUAUAAAUGCUGAGCGGUCUCUGAUGUCUGCUCUUCGCCGAGUCAUCUCGUCCAUACCUCACGCUACACUUCGCAUCACUCUUUCUGUAGUUCCUUCGAUAUGUGCGUUGGUGAAAACUGCGCUCCCCAGGCCGUUCAUUACAUGAAUGCGCAAUUGACGGCUCUCUACGAGAAUGCCGUCGAUUGCAUCAAAUCCCACGAGUGGAAAGACAAGCCAGCGGAACAAUUCAAGUACUCGCAUGGUCUCGCAGAAUACUCCUACGUCCCGCCCUACUCGAGGAACCAGACUAUGUUCCACGCGACGUUCGGCAAGCCCCACCUUGAGUUCAUCUGCAACCACGAUGCGAUCCUUCGUCUCAAAAUCAAGAAGGGCUACUAUCGCCUUGACUACUCUAAGUCUUCGGGCAUGAACUACUCUGACAAGGACCGCGUUCAGUCCUUGGCGAAUGUUGAGAUCGCCUUCCGCAUCUCGUUUGAUACCCGCAGCUUGCGCGGCAAGGACUCGAAGAUUGGGAACGGACAGAACCUCGUCCAGCUGAUCACUCUCAACCUGCCGAAGGCUCAGCUCGUGUCCGCCGAACCCGCGGUCAUCAUCGGGCGGGACGCGUUCGUUCACUACCUUAACGAGUACCUCGUCUUCCUGCACCAGGCCGGCAACCACGUCCUCUUCUCCCUCCCGGACUUCGACGACGACCGCUACCGCCUCACAAUCGACUACUCCCUCAUGGGUGGCACCGUCCUCGAGGUCGACGACAUUCACGGCGUCAGCGUCGACAAGAUCAACGCGUACCUGUCGUCCGUCUGGCUGAAGGCUGCCAUGCUCAUGGGUAGCGAGCUUGACGACUGGAAGUCGCUCUGCCUUGCCGAGUACCGCAGCACCUCGCGGACGCUCCCGGACUGGGAUGGGCACUUCCACCUCCGCCUCGGUGCCCCUCGUGUCAAGCCCGUGUGCUCCCGGGAGGCUAUUAUUUACUUCAGCGUGGAUGAGGUCCUCUUUUACGAGGACGCUGAUUUCACUAGGGAGCCUCACCGUCGCUAUAACGGCUGGGAGGUUGCAGUUCUCGUCGACAUUACCCACGAGUUCGAUGGCUUUGUCACUCGUUGCGUGCUCGAUUUGGCGUCUGCCCGCCCCUACCACUCUCACUGCAAGUACAGCGGCUUUGAGGAGCACGACGAGAUCGCUGUUGCUUACUGCACGCGCAUCGUCGAAUUCUUCUCUUCCACCUACCUCGACAUCCUGCAGACGGUCGACCUCAACGUCAUCUACUUCGUCGACUCCCGCUGGCCCAUCACUUCUACGGGCUCCAUCACCGUCCAGGACGAAGGGUUCGAAGAGGAAGAGUUUGACGAGGAAGGCUGGAUCAUGUCGGGCGAGAGCAAGAGCACGCGCGUGGUUGAGUGGAGGGAAAUGAUCACGCGCUGCAACAUGCACGGCUUCGACCAGGUUAUCGCGAUCUCGCAGUCGAGCACCAACGCUUUCUUCGAGUCACUCUGGACCGGCGCACAGAACCACAGGCACAGCGACCACGCCCUGGUGAACUGGCACUACGACGAAUUCUUCAACGCUCGCUUCAAGCCACUCAGCCUGCGCCUCCUCAGCAAUGGUCGUGCUAUCGUCUGGGUCCACCUCGAGCACGGUCACCUCAAGGUCCUGAAGAACAGGCUGCCUUGGAGCGAGAGCGAGAAAUACCACUUCGAGAACUGGCACCUUGCCUUCGAAGUGGACUUGCAGAAGGUCGUGCACUCGAACCUCCAAGUCUCUGAGUCGUGGAUCACGCGGUACAAAGACUCCUUCGUCUACAAGGAACACGGUGUGCACCAGGAUCGCACCCUCGAGCACAUCGUCCUGGACUUCACUCAUGCUGAGUUCCUUUACGAGUUCUCCAAUUUCGAGGGUCUCUUCCACCACUCGCACGGCCACACGCACGAACACCGACCCAUCGAGCAGGUUCAGGCUGUAGUUCACUACCUCCAAGGCCACUACUUGCCGGCUCUUGCGCAGUCAGGUCACAACAUCAUACACACCGUGCCCGUCUGGAAGGCGAAGACAAACUUGACGUCCAUCUCCUGGACCGCGAUGCACUUCCACGUCUACUCGAAGACAGAGAUAACUCGCCAAAACUGGGCUCAAGUCUCCGGAAACCUGGAGCCUGCCAUUGCUGUCUUCGGUAUGACCGAGUUCCGCCCGCUUCCCUCUCUUCGUCUCGAGUACUCGUCGAACCUCCUCAUCCGCGCUUCGAAGAGCGUCUCGUACGGUACUGUCUGCAUCUCUCGCUCGGCGUUUAUGGAGAAGCGUCUUCUGGACCUCCUCAGCCUCAUCAACUCCCGCACUACGGUCAUUCCUCUCUUCUCUGGUGUCGUCGACGGCGUCUGGCAGCUGCAGCUCACCACUUGGGCCGAGCACCAGUGGAGGAAGUCGCAGAAGUGCAAGUGGGAGGAGAUCUCCGAGCACGCUGGGUUCAUGAAGUACGGGUGGCAGCACCGCGACGGCUGGAAGUACGAGCAUGAGGGCACCGGCGAAAUCGACAACGGCACUUACUCCGUCCUCUGCUCGACGCGCAACUACUUGGAGCUCCCGACGGCUGCUAGGAACAGAUCCAUGGACAUCAAGAUCUCGGGCGAGACUGAUCUCGAGAUGUCCUUCAAGUCCACGACUCGGCAGGGCAGUUCGAAGUCGACGGCCAAGUGGAGCGCUAUCAUCAGCCUUCAGAGUGACUUCGACGGCCUCAACGUCAAGGUCAUCGGAGCGUUGACUCCUGUUAUCGAGGCCUCGUCUGGGCACAACCACCUCAGCAUGUUCCCCGACCUUCGCCAGAAGCUCUCCGAGAAUCUGCCUAAGUCCAUCGACUUGUCCCAGGUUCUCCACGAGCUCAAGGCCUUCGAGGGCAUUUGGCAUUACGGUUACCCCGGUCUGCACGCCUACUGCCUCGCGAACCCCGUCUUCAACCACAAGGGCGACGUGAUCUUCGAGCUUCGCCCUCAGGGCCAAGGCGCUACUUCUCACCGCAAAGCUGCCAGCACGAGCAAGACCGACACCAUCAGCAGGCAGUCGUCGCGCGCGACACUCUCUUCGCGGCCAUCCUUCUUGAAAAAGAUCAAGGACACCGUCACCACAGCACUUACCGGCGAGCGCAGCUCUGCUGGCUCCCUUACUGUCAAGGGCAGUGGCCAUCUCAACGGCAACGGCAACGGCCACGCGCACGCCAACGGGCAUUCUAGCAGCGGAUCGUAUAUGGCCAACAACAUGACGUUUGAUCUCACCGAGAGACACCAAGAAACCGAAGACAGCGUCGAGGAGAGUUCCUUUCAUGUGUCUGGGAUUCCAGUGGUGUGAGUGGUCAUGCGUAACGAACUUCUGGACCCGCUGUUGUUGCGAUUGUUGUGGCUGCCCCGCUUCCGAUUGUUGUUGUUGACCGUCGCCUCACUCGUUACUUCCGCCUCGCAUGGACGCUUUCGUCACUAGAGACUCGCUAUCAACUUUCGCAUCAUACUCCAACGUCUUGCUUUCUCGUAGUGUCGACUCACGCUCUCAUUGUUAUCGAGUGCUCUCGCACUUACUCGCCGCAGCAAUAUCAUACU